UCGAGAAUCUACGGUGCGGUUAAGACGUGCGUGGCGCGGUGUAGUUUCGUGAAGUUAAUUUGUAGAGAUAUUUUCGAGUAAGUAAUGUUGUGAGUAGGCUACGUAAGUGUAACUAUUACAAUGGUUGUUACUUGUGUUGCGUAUGGUUACUUAUGUUGCAGAAUCUAUAUACCUAUAGAGCUAGGAGUGUAUUGUGAAGUUUAGUGUAAUGAUGUGUUAAGUGUGAAUUGAAUGUACUAACUUAAUUUGUAUAUAAAUGAAGCAUAAAAGAAAAAAUCAUCAAAUUAAUGAGUGUGACCUGGCCAGAAUACAUCAUACUCCAGGAACACAACUGGAAAAUCAAAGGACUGGUCUUGGAGGCAGAAACCAACCGAAGUCCUACAGUCGAAGUGGAGACAUGUAGUUGUCUUCAUCCUGUGGUGCUGAGCAGAAGUUGAGACGUCCGUCUUCAGUCUGUCGUUUUGCAGCCUUCAGCCGCGUCACUGCAACAUUAUCACCGUCCUACUUCCAAGAUACCUGCAGGAUGGAUGUCCUCUUCUUUCUACUGAUAUCUUCGAUGAUGAUAUCGAGUGGAAAAGGCUACUCUUCUACGGUGGAAACAAAGCAAUGCAGUGUAUUUCCGGGAAGACCCAAAUGUUUUGAACCCAUAAAGCAAAUCAAAGGCACCGAACAGGAAAUAACAAGCUUCAUCAGUGUAGAAACUGUUACAACUAUCAAUAGAGGAGAAUCAGUAGCGAUUUCUGGCGUCAAAAUCAGUGGUGUGCGUGAUGAUACCACAGUUGGCGAGCGUAGUUCAAGGGUCUGGUGUUAUAAGGAUACUAACUAUGAUGAUACAAUACAUGGAACACAAUUUUGGAAAUCAAAUGGAACAGACUGGAAAAAUGUAACAGAUUUGGAUGCAAAAGAUUUGGUUAUAACAACAAGACGAGAGAAAUGGACAUGCAUCCAGGGAAUACGAGAGACAUCAACAGAACUCUGCAGGAUGGUAACUGAGCAUCUGACGAAGAAAAUUAUUGGUAGAGUCAAUUACCCAGUUGGUACUUACAUUCAUAAAAUUCCAAUUCCACGAUUACGACAUGAUGAACAACAAAUGUACAGAGCUGCUAUCAGAGAGAUAAAAUAUACUGAUACUAGUUUCGUUAAAAAAAAGUAUGAGGGUUCUCUCGAAGAAAAGAGAGAUGAAGUUUCUACUGAAAUUGCAGAAGAAAACACAGGGGAUUUCAUAGAAUUAGACAAAGCUGGAGAUGUAGUCACAGUGUCGAAUAGCAGUGGUCCUAAUUCAUCUGGGAAAAUUGUUUACAAAAGAAAAUCAUCAAUUCAAACAGGAGAAGCGUUCAAAAAUCAAGAAUCCAGUGCCAAGUGCUAUAAAGUUGACAUGGAUCAUAUCAGAACAAACGAUGUAUUUGGCAUUUUUCCCGAGUGGUCGUAUUCAGUAAAUGAUGGUCGAACUUACACUUCUAUUGAGACAUCCAAUUUCCAUGAAAAAUUCAUUAUAACUAAGUAUCAGAUAAUGAGAUGUGGAAUAGAGCAUCAGGCGGACCUUACCUUCUUCAGAGUUGAUAUGGAAUACCUUUUCACCGGAGAUGUUAACGAAGUUCAUGUGACUGAGACCAUAGAUAACAUCUAUAAGUUUAAACUGCCAGGAUCUUCCACAGAAACAAGUUUUGGAAUUGUGGAAUCUUUCGACUUCAAUCUAGAAACUCCAACCGACGCCUUCAGAUUUGCUGGAAAAGUGACUAUUGACGAAUCAUCCACUUUACGGCAUGAUGAAUAUUUGAAAAUGAUAUUAGUACCUGUUAAAACACAAGAAAAAACAUCAAAACAAGGAAAAAAAUUGGAACCGUCGAAAUCAUCAAAAGGAUGGUGUUGUAUUGGUCGAAGUAAAACUGCUCCAUAAUCAACGCUCGAUAGGAAUGGCUCAUACAAAGUGUCCAAUGAUGUGGUGUGAAUUUUGUAGAUUAUGGGGAUUUUGAAGUGAGAUUCACAUGAAAAAGUCGGUGAAAAUUAUAGGAGGCUUCAGUUGUAAUGUUUCUUUUCGACUUCCUUCCGUAAUAAAAGCUGUGUUCAAGUUAUCCCCGUAUAUCCAAUUUUGUAAUAUUAUGCACUAGAGCCGCUUAAAUUUUAACCGUGAUUAAUUUCACGAGAACCAAUCAGAGAAGGUCUUUUUGAUGAGAUGGCUUCUCUGAUUGGUUCUCAUGGAAUUAAUCACAAUUAAAAUUCAACUGGCUUUUGUGCAACCGGCACAAAAUGUCAAAUCCCAGAUGGAAACUAUAAUAAACUUUCAAUUAAACACUUGACAAAAUUUUCAUUAAUUUGUAGUAUUCAUGAAAUGUGAAUGUAAUGAUGUAAUAUGUAAUUUGAAUACUCCUCAAUUAGUAAUAAGCUAACUAACUAAAGGAGUAACUAAAAUACUGUAUAGAUCAUGCUAUAUAGCUUUAAUGAAAUAAAAAGGAAUAUUAUUAUUAUAUUUACUAUUAUUAUUAUUAUUAUUAUUAUUAUUAUUAUUAUUAUUAUUAUAUUAUUAUUAUUAUUAUUAUUAUAUUAUAUUAUUAUUAUUAUUAUUAUUAUUAUUAUUAUUAUUAUUAUUAUUAUUAUUAUUAUUACUAUUAUUUUAUUUAUCAUCACAUUUUAAUGUGAGUUUUUCUCAUCAAAAUCGGCCUAUGGCAAGACUUUGAUGUUAUUCUGUUGCUAUAUUCAG